AUGUUUGCCAUUAUUAUGGACUCAACUCAAGAUGUAACCAAAGCAGAUCAAAUGAAUUCACUGUGUCCCAGUUGUGGAAAAAAUCGUGAUUUAAUGAACAAUACCAACUGGAUUCGACACAAGGAAUCUUGUAAAAAAAAAAUAAAGUCUGUUAAAAGAAGUGCUUCAAGUUCCAUUUCAAACUUUUUUAAACCUACAGAACGUGAUGGAAAAUUUCCAAAAUUUGAACAAUCAAUUUUUAAUAAUCCAUCAACAUCAAUAAUAGAAAACACCGAUAAUGUUCAAGAACAUCAGGUGAACAUUGAAAAAAUUGCUUUUGAUAAUCCAUCAACAUCAAAAGUUACCCGCUCGGUUGAUAUCUCAAUUGGAAUGCAUGAUUUUCAAUUGUAUCCAAACGAUCCUGCAAAUUUUCCUGAAGAAAUGUCAAGUGAACUGUUGACAUAUUUCAUACAAUAUGGACCAUGUCAGCCUUCUCCAUUAGAACUACCAUCAAAUAUUUUUCCAAAAAGCAAGGAUCCAAAUGGUGUAUCAAGAAGUUUUCACGAAUCUUACUAUCACAAAAUUAUACAAAAUAUUCAAGUGCGACGAACUUGGUUAUCAUAUUCACCUUCCCAAAAUAAGUUAUAUUGUGUAUCUUGUAAAUUAUUUGGAUUACUUAAGGCUAAAAAGGCUAUUUUAGCAUAA